UACUCAUACAAUGCAUUUUCAAAUAUAUUACUAAAUACUAAACCAAUUUUUACAGUGUGAGUGAUAGUUGAUGCACAGGAAUUGUAAUUUAACUUAAUAAACUAAUCAGUUAAUAUAUAUACUGUAUGGUUAAAAUUUCUGCCUCUAUGAAUCGCGAUAUAUCGAAUAGCAUGGAAUGCACAAUUACAACAGUAGAGGGCCUGCUCUCUGGGUCCAUGAUGUCACAAUAUAACACUCGGACUGUUCACAAAUAAAACACUUAAAUGUCAAAUCCGAAUACAAGAAAAUCAUGUGUUGUGUCAUAAUGAAUGAAUACCACAAUCAACCGGACCGGCACCGGAGAAGUUGUUUUUUAUUGUGUCAACAGAUACACAAAUGCGUUACAAAUGGAUAGAUGCUAUGCACCGGUCGGACCUGAUUGGUGAUAGAACAACAGUGUACUGUUGUGAAGAUCAUUUCAAAAUUGAAUUGGAUAUGGAGAACUAUGUUAAAUAUAAACUUUUCGGCGGGAGAAUUAAAUUAAAAAAGGGCACAGUUCCACACGCGUUUGAAUGUCGGCGUGAUAAAGAAGAGAAACUAGAUGCGUCCGCAAACCAAAAACUGAUGCAGCCACAAGACUUCGUUUGCGACUAUUGCAGUCGCUCGUUCACCAGAAAAUGCAACCUGGUAACCCACAUUGAGAACUUCCACGUGAACGUCACUUGGUACUGCGAAAUAUGUGGCAAAACCUUCGGCAGAGCGGCAGCAUUGAAGAUCCAUUUUAGCCAAGGUCACAACACGCAAGGACAAGGUCUGCCCGAAUGCGACAUUUGCGGUCGAGUGUUUAAAAGAAAACAGAAUAUAAUAUCGCAUAUGACCUCAAAGCAUUUCAGAAUGUUGAAAACCUUCUCCACGUGCACCGUAUGCGAUAAGACAUUCACAACGGAUCGGAAUUUGAAGCGGCACAUCAAUCAACUGCACAACCCCAACGUCCAAUAUCUCAUAUGCGAUUAUUGUCAGAAAGUGUUCAAGGGGAAACAGUCGUUAAUAUCCCAUAUAAAUACGGUGCACAAUCCGUUGGAAAUGGAUUACAAUCAGUGUUUCUUGUGUGAUAAAACAUUCUCCAGCAAUAGGAACUUGAGACGGCAUGUUGAAAUGUUGCACGGGGAAAGAACGGAGUUUAAAUGUGAUUUGUGUCCAAAAGUGUUCAUGUGGCACCACAGUUUGCGGCGGCACACCCUAGCUAGGCAUAUGAGUGAUAGUCUAGAACAGUUUCGUUGCAAAUUCUGUGAUAAAAUAUUGUACGGAAGAGAGAAUGUGGAGAAUCACCUCGCAGUGUACCAUAAACCGAAAGCCAUAGACAAGUGCGUGUCCAACGAAUGCAUGGCGAUAAAAAUCGGACACCGCUGCGAGUAUUGCCAGAGAAUAUUUGACGAGGAAUCGCUGUUGCGGCAGCAUGUCAAAUCUGAGCAUUCGUUUCAAGAUUUCUACAGCUACUGCAAGAAAUCUCUGUUGAAUUUGAACGCUAAAGAGAACGAGGGUAGAAACAAAUUUGUUUUCUACAAUUGCGAGUUGUGCACGGACGUUUUCACGUCCGUCUACGAGUUGAAAGACCACAUGAAGGCGUGGCACGACGUGGACUACAGCCUGUCGACGUGCAAUGUCUGUUUUAAGAAGUUUUUUAGCAAACAUGCGAUCACCGAACACCAGAAAACCUGCCUGCCCCCCGAAGGUGUGAAGAGCUGCGCAAAUUGUGACAAGUUAUUCACAGAUCAAUCGAGCCUCGAGUUCCACAAUCGUAUUUUCCAUCCGCAAACGCAAAUUCCCAAGAUCACGUCCAGCGUCGACGAUUCUAACAUCAACGGGAGUUUCAAGUGCGACUUGUGCAGUCGGGUGUACAUGAACGAUCGAUCGCUGAAACACCACGUGAAGCUGAAUCACACAAACGAAACCGUAGUGCAGUGCGAGUUUUGCAAUAAAGUGUACAACAAUAAAUAUUAUCUCGCCGCGCACAUGCGGACGGUGCACGCGGACGAUAAAAUGUUCCAGUGCGAUUUGUGCGACAAAGUGUUUCGGAAUAAGCGCGGGAUACGCAGGCAUAUAGAGUUCACGCAUAUGGGCAAGUCUAGAUACAAGUGCGUCGAGUGCGAGAGCCUGUUCAAGGAGAAACGCAGCUUGCGGAAGCAUGUGCGAUCCAAACACGCGCACUCGACCGUCUUCCCGCAGUGCCAUGUGUGUUUGAAGCGUUUUGAAUCGGCCAAAUCGUGUAAAGUGCAUUUGAAACUGCUGCAUUCAGUCAACAUGGACACGUAUCCGUGCCACCUGUGCUCAAUUUCGUUCAGCUCGAAGAAAUCCCUGAAGAUACACGUGUCGACGAAGCACUCGUCGAGGGAACAGAUCUACAAAUGCGACACUUGCAAGUCGGUAUUCAACGGGCAGCUCAGCUUCGAACAGCACAACUCGAACGAUAGCACGUGCAAAAUGCAGAAAACGCAGAAGCUUGGGCCGCGCUGCAUCAUAUGCGCGAAGGACUUCAGCGCGCGGAAAACGCUGCGGAGUCACAUACGGAAAUUCCAUCCGGAAUUCAACGUGGACGACUUGGCAAGAUACGGCUCGGAGCGGAGGCUGUUUGUGGUUGAAUGCGAGGAUUGUUUGAGGAAGUUUAAUGAUGAUGCCUAUUACGAACACUAUUUGAAGUUGAAGCAUUUACGUGAUACGAUUGUAUUCGAAUGUGAACAUUGCUCCGUGUCGUACAACUGCCUCGAAUAUUCGAUACAGCGGUACAAAAUGGCGCACGAAAAACUGAACACGAGCACGUUGAUGUUGAGUGAGUUGUGUACGACGGAAAUGAGCGAGGACUCGACGAGUUUGAGUGAGGUUGAGUGCUCUAGGUUCGAGGUGAAAACGGAAUCCACGGGUUGCAGUCCGGUGCACGAAGUUACCGAAUAUGAGAUAAAGACGGAGUGUGAAAUCAAGUCUGAACCUAUGUCUCCUUAAAAUGUCACAUCCAUGCAAUUGCGUAGACGGCAAAUGCGGGACGUUUAUUCGUAAGAAGUUUUCAUGCGCCCAGAGUGACAAAGUAAAAUAACCCUUAAUACCACACGUUAAGACUCAUGCGCAUCAGCAAAUCGUGUGCAAAUAAGACGAUUCGUUUGUAUUUUUUAUACAUGUAACAUGUUCGAGACUAUUCUUUCCGUGUGUUUGAGUUAUACAUAAUUAUUAUGUCUUUACACGUCGUCACAAAAAAAUAGUUUUUUUUUUUAUCGGUUUCGAGAACGCGUCCUUAAACAGUAGUAGCAAGUGUUGCCAACUGUGUUCUGAUAAAUGAUGCAACCAUUUUUUUAAUUUAUUUCUUCAACUAGGAUGAUAUCCUUAUUAAUAGACGUGAAUUGUCGUUGCAUUUAUGUCUUUUCUAAUUUAAUUGUUUUUUUUUUGUUGGCAAGGAGGAUACGUACGUUUUUAUAUAUGUAUCGGUCGUGUUUAGCACCUAUGAGGAGUUAGGAACUUUUAAAAUUACCCAUAUUUGAGUAUUAAUGAACUGAUUUGUGUAUGAGCAUGUUAUAAAUUAAAUUGUGAUUACGUAUGUACAUAGUUGUUAUACUAAAUCGUAAGUGCCUCUAUAAUCAAGAUACAUAAAAUGUAAGGAUUUUUUUUAUGAAUACUUUUAGUAGAUCUCUUUUAAAUAUGAUACUCUCUAAUUAUUAUGCUUAUUAUUAAACCUACAUAAUAUGUAUUAUAGAUAGAAUAGGAAAGACUGAUUGUUAGGCUGGCCACAACUACCGAAACGCCUGUAUGAAUUCAGAUUCUAAAUUUAAAAUCUGAUUUCCGGAAGCGUGCUUCACUCAUUCCUUAAAUAUCACACCCAGAAAGUUAUAACACGCCCUUACGCUAUCAAUUUUACAGCGCAACUGCCACGAUUCAUAAUAUUAAUUCCGGUAUAUGUGUGUGUGUUCCGCAUGCGAACAUAAUAUGGAUAUGUAUAAGUGCAUUCUGUAUUCAUAAUCUUAAUUUUUUGCUAAGGAAUUCAAAACGCAUGUCAGGUACAUUUAUCAGAUGGAUCUAAAAAAAUUGAGAAUUUGAUUAAGAAGUUGGGGGAGAAACAGUAAAAUUUUAUGUAUUUCUGUGUUUUUAAAUUUAGAUUAUGAAUUUAUAGUAUUCCGACUGUGUGGGGGCGGCCUUGUAAGAAACGUCCGAUGCUUAGAAAGAGCCAGAAGAUCGCAGUACCCUAUCAAUGUCUCCUGUAGUUAUAGAAUUAUAUUAUAUCAAAUGUACUCCAUAUAUAUAUAAAUAAUCUAACUAUUAAAGUAUGUCUCUUCAACUUGUGAAAAUAUAAAGUUAAUCUAAUGUUACGCUUAAAAUAAAAU